AUGCUCAAGUUCGACGAAGUUCAGAAGCACAACAACAAGGACUCGUGCUGGGUCAUCGUGCACGGCAACGCCUACGACGUCACCGAGUUCCUCCCCGACCACCCGGGUGGAGCGGGCAUCAUCCUCAAGUAUGCCGGCAAGGACGCCACCGAGGAGUACGACCCUAUCCACCCUCCUGGCACUCUCGAGGAGAACCUGCCCAAAGAAAAGUGCCUCGGUCCCGUCGACCCCUCGACGAUCAAGGAGGAGGUCAAGACCGAGAAGAAGCCCGCGGCCAAGCUCGACGAGGAUGCCAUCCCCCCUCUCUCGCAGUGCCUCAACCUGUACGAUUUCGAGGUGAUCGCCAAGAAGGUGCUCAAGCCGACUGCGUGGGCGUACUACUCGUCGGGUGCCGAUGACGAGGUCACCAUGCGAGAGAACACUUCGGCGUUCGGUCGAAUCUGGUUCCGCCCGCGCAUCUUGCGCGAUGUCAGCAAGGUCGACUACUCGACCUCUCUCCUGGGUCAAAAAUCCACCCUUCCCGUCUACAUCACCGCCACCGCGCUCGGCAAGCUCGGUCACCCGGAGGGCGAGAAGAACCUCACCGUCGCCGCUGGCAAAGAGGGCAUCAUCCAAAUGAUCCCCACCCUCGCUUCUUGCAGCUUCGACGAGAUCGUCGGUGCCCGAGUCGACGAGAACCAAGUCCAGUUCAUGCAGCUCUACGUCAACUCGAACCGCAAGAUCACCGAGCGCAUCAUCCAGAAGGCCGAAGCGGCCGGCGUGAAGGGGUUGUUCGUCACCGUCGACGCGCCCCAGCUGGGCAGGAGGGAGAAGGACAUGCGUAUGAAGUUCGACGAUGUUGGAUCCAACGAGCAGAAUCAGAACAAGGACACGGUGGAUCGAUCCCAAGGUGCUGCUCGCGCCAUUUCCUCCUUCAUCGACCCAAGCCUCAGUUGGGACGACCUUACCUGGUUGCGUUCGGUCACCCGCAUGCCCAUUGUAUUGAAGGGUGUGCAGACGUGGGAGGACGCCGUGCGCGCCGCGGAGAUGGGUCUGGCCGGUGUGGUGCUUUCCAACCACGGCGGUCGUCAGCUCGACUUUGCCCGUUCCGGAAUCGAAGUCCUCGGCGAGGUGGUCGAGGCGUUGAAGGCGCGCAACCUCUUCCCCAACCCCAUGUUCCAGAUCUUUGUCGACGGCGGUAUUCGUCGUGCCAGCGACGUCCUCAAGGCCGUCGCUAUGGGAGCUACCGCCGUCGGCAUCGGUCGACCCUUCCUCUACGCCUACUCGGCGUACGGCUCCGAUGGUGUCGUCCACGCUCUGCAGCUGUUGAAGGCCGAGAUGGAGAUGAACAUGCGUCUGCUCGGAGCACCGACGCUCAAGGAUGUCGUUCCCGAGAUGGUCGAUGCAAGGGCGCUCGGUACUCACGUCAACUUUACCCCCAUCAGCCACGGUCACCAGAUCUACGAGAAACUCAGCACCGCCGUCGGCAUGCCUAACGAGCCUGCUAACAAGCUCUGA